AAAUGUUGUUCAUAUAUUUAUUUAUGGAGGGAAACAUUAUUGUAAUUAGUAGCCGUUUAGAUACAGCAAUGUGACGACAUUGAUUUCUUUUAUUCAAUCAUUUCGGAUUGAAACUAACUCCUGAGUGACAAUUUAAUUGCAAAACAAAAACGUAUCGGUGCAUUAAGUGGUUGGAAUUGGAAAAUGAUGUCCUUAAAAGAGUCGAGUAUAUCGAAUUCUUUGGAAAAUCAAUCAAUCGACACAGCAUUCCGUAAAGUAAGCCAUAGUUCCAUCGGAUUCUACAAAUGGAGAGUUGACAAUCAACGAAUCGAAGCCGUACCAAAGGAUCAAUAUGAAAUAUUCAACGACAAUUUCGUGUACAUCAUUUAUGCCGCAACUCCUAGGGGUGGUUUUGUUAACAAAGACACAAUUAAUCGUGAAUUGAAAACCAACAUUCAACUGGAUAAGUACAUUCAUUUUUGGCUGGGUAAUGCUGCUACGCAGCAAGAUAGUGGAAAUGUUUCGUACAAAGUUAUGGAAUUGGACAAUCACUUGGGAAAUGUCGCGACCCAGUACAGAGAGACGCAGGAGAAUGAAAGUGAUCGAUUCCUUUCUUACUUUAAGGACGGCAUAAUCAUACAAUCCAUCAAUUGCAACACUCCCAGCAAUGUAUCGCUUUUUCAUGUAAGCGGUAAAAGUAGUCCGAAAUGUGUGGAACGUACCGUUGAAUGGGAUGUUUUCAGCAGCGAAUAUAUAAUGAUGUUGAAAACAACGGUUCACAUAUUCCUUUGGAUUGGUCGAUCUAGUGCAGAGAGUGAGAAAUUAAACGGUUUGAAAUUUGCGAAGCGAUUUCACGACGAAGCGAAAAAUCUGGAAUUGGUUGUCGUUAACGAUGGUUAUGAGCAAUCGAUGAAUCAGCAUAGAAAAGGAGAUUGGUGUACAUAUUUGCCGCUUUCGAGCCGCCGCGUGAAGCCGUUGGGAAAGUCAACUGAAAAUCCCAGCACUUCGGCCAUGAAACUGUUUCAAUGCGGACUCGUCGGUGGAAAAUAUCGAAUCGAGGAGAAAAAGUCGUCAGCCGUCGAUCAAAGCGAUUUCAAUGAUAAAAAUUCGGCGUUCAUCGUCGACUGUGCCAAAAAGGGAGUGUGGAUUUGGUUGGGACGGUGUUGUUCGACUAGAGACAAAUCGGAAGCGAUGCGUAAUGCGAGAGGAUUCGUUAGGAAGAAACAAUAUCCAUCGAAUGUAGCGGUGAUGCGAACUGUUGAUGGCUUCGAACCGAAUGAAUUUCGAAAUCUGUUUCCAUUUUGGUACAAUGCUCAGGCAAGUGGAAAUAAGAUGAAAACUGUGUUCGGGCGGAUAGACACUAAAAUAUUGAGCGAACGUGCAAGCCUUGCAGCUGAGACACAAUUGAUUGAUGAUGGUGCUGGUGAUGUGAUGAUAUACAAAGUUGGAAAAUCAAAUUUGGUUAAAGUUCCCCAGCGGAAUGCACAGUGCCUUUUUUCCACAGAAACUUAUGUUAUCCACUACACUUUAAUGAUUCCGGAAAGCAAUUUACAGUUCGAACGACCGUCUGUUCGUCAUAUUCUCUACCUUUGGAUCGGUAAACAGUGUCCGUCGAGCACGAAAGAUAUCGGCGAGAAGCUGUCCAACGAACUGUUUCAACAUCUGCAAAAGAAUGUGAUGCAAAUUCGGCUCAACGAUGGCUUCGAAUCGCCACAUUUCCUGCAAAUAUUUCUGGGCAAAUUAAUUGUGUUCGAUGGCGUUGGAUGGUCCACCGAAGAUUCAAAGUUUCCCAAAUUGUUUGUGUUGAAAGUCACCGGCAAUUCAACGUUCACGUCACGAGCCACUCAAAUCAACCAGAAGUCGACAUUUUCGAGCAAAGAUUGUGUGAUUGUGAAAUGCUACGAUUCGGUGUGGGUGUGGUGCGGUCAGAGUUCAACUGGUGAUGCUAGGGAAGCUGCGAAAGGAAUUGGCGGUACUUUGGGUGAUUGUGUUCUGGCAAUGGAAUCAAACGAGCCGGAAGAUUUUUGGAUUUCACUACCAGAACAGUGGAAGAAUAAAUUCCGAAAUUUGCAGGGUGCUGAUGCGUCUACACAUCAUUUUAAGGUUGAAAAGGAACGUGUUCGACUAUUCGUAUCGACGGUUCUUCAAGGUUCGAUUAAAUUUGAUCAGAUUAUAGCGUUUGAUCAGACUGACCUGAGAGCAGAAGAUAUUUUCUUGCUGGACAUAGAUUGUAUGUUGUACGUUUGGAUCGGAUCGGCAAGCAAUAUCCGAGGUGGACAAUUAAGUAGUCAAGAAAUUGCUGACACCUACCUAAACGACAGUGUUUUGCCUAGAAAUAGAUCGAUUCCAAUUGCAGUCAUUCAACAAGGUUUCGAGCCAUCCAGUUUCAUUGGAUUUUUUGAUCAGUGGAACUACAAACUGUGGAACCACAGUCAAAGUUUCGACGACCAGAUCGCCCACUUCACUACAACAUCACCUCCAUCAAAUGUUAAACCGAAACAGCAGGAUUGUGAUUUCGACAGAUAUCCAAAAUACCCAUUGGACGUGCUGAGGAGUGAGAUCGAUCAAUUACCGGACUUGGUUGAUCCGAAACGGAAAGAAAUCCAUUUGACGAAUGACGACUUUGUAUCGAUAUUCGACAUGGAUUUUAGGGAAUUUGAAACGUUGCCCAACUGGAAGAAACAGGAAUUGAAGAAGAAAUUUAAAUUGUUUUAAUUGCAUUUUACAGCGACCGUGCAGUGGCUUUGUGUUUUAACUAUUGUUUUUAUUGUAACAGAGAGAGAGGGAGAUAGGGAGAGCUUUUAAUACAAUUUGGAAAUUGAAAUAUUGCCACGAUUACCUCUUCCACCAAUUAAUUCGAUAAAUAAAUGAAAAUUAACAUUUGAAACCA